UCACUGCAGCAACCGUUGUGUGAAUUGUUCGCGUCCAGCCAAAAAAAUAUUCAAAUUCCGAAUUGACGCAAUAAUAAUCGUGACAUUACGCAUACGUCGCGUGGGCCCAACUUGUUGUGCAUUACAUUUAUUGUAUAUUGUAUAUUGUGUGUUAAAACUAAAUAGCAAACAAUAGUCAAAGCAACAAGCUGCGUAUGUAUUUAACGAGUAUUUGUGUUCCAUUUGUGCCACACUUAAUGGCUUUGGCAUUGACAACAUACUAGUCCCCGAGCUGUCAAAGUGUUGUCCUCGCCUGCCGCCCGUGUAAAUAUUCAUUUAUCUAGUCGACGGGCCACGGAGGUGAUGCAAAAGUUGUUGCCUGCUUUUAGCAUAAUUAAGCCAAGUGCUUGCAACUGGCACGAGCUGCAGCGGCAACUUUAGUUGCAGAAAGCCAGGUGCCCUUAAACCUAAAAAAAAAAAAGUUCUUGCACCAAGUUGUCGCAAGUGUUAAGGCUGCCUUAAAGUUCUCUGUUGUGCCCCAUCUGCCUGCCCGCCGCCUGCCGCCUGCCUGGACUGUAUUUUGAGGGGGUGGCUCAGCAUGCGACCAAGGGAGACAGGCCAACAGCAUCACCAUCGACCGCCUGCUUCGAUUCAACAAGGAGCCUAAACAGCGUGCAAUGUCCACACAGCAGAGAUGUCUAUGUCCAUGUCCAUGUCCAUGUCGAUGUCGAUGUCGGAACGCAAUAUGCCCAGCCAGGGGCUGGGCUUGCCAAUGGCAACGUCCUCGCACCGUAACGCCCAGCAACAUCGGCCGCCGGACGUUGAGGAGGCACUCUCCUCGAUGCUGUGGACGCCCUAUGAGCGGACAACGCCAACGGCCAGCUCCACGGAUGAGGAGGACGACGAUGAGCGACUCAAUCGCAAACUGCGCAAAUCGCACAGUUGCUACGAGACCAGCUCUAGCAGCAACAGCAGCAGCAGCAACAGUGCUGCUCUGAGCCACCUAGCAGCACCACCAGCACCACUCGCACCACCACCACCACCACCGCCGCCAGCAGCUGCAGCCGCAGCAGCAGCGGCAGCUCUCCCCGUGCCUUUUCCCAAUUUUAGUUUAAGUGGUUGCGCCUUGGAGGCGGCCAAGACGGCCGCCCAUUCAGUUGGCUCGAGUGGCGGCCAUAGGAAUCGCUACUCGUAUCCAUCCUACUAUGGCAGUCCGGCGCACACACUCACCCAAUGGUGUUCCUCGGCGGCCACGGCCAUCACGGAGCCGCCCUCGUACGAGUCCCUCUACGAGGCGAGUGUCUCCGGCGUGGGCGCGGCCAGGGCAAGCUUGGCUCCCGUCCAGCCGAACAUUAUAAAAUGUGAUAGAUCGCAACGAUCCCCAGCAGCAACAACUAUAACUGCUCAGCAAGAUGAUGAUGAUAAUGAUGAUGAUGACCAACUCAAACUAACGGCAAAUGUUCCCGCUGAGCGUCUAAUGCGCUCCUUUACAGACGAUUACAUAUCGCAGAAUUGCGCAUUAUUUACGCCAACAGCAAACGACACAGAAACAGAAAUAACGGCAACAGCAACGAAUGUAAUAUCACAACAAAGUGCACAAAAUCAAAUCGACAGCAGAGCCAAUUACAUUAUCAAUGAAAAUGUAGACAAAGACGAAGGCGAAGACGAGGACGGAGACAACAGCGACGUUAAAGAUGAGCAAGAAAUGGCAAAAAGAAAAAUAGCGACAACGACAACAACAACAAGAGCACACGAGGAAACAGGCACAGUUGCAGUCGCUGUCGCUGUCGGAGUUCAGGUCAAUCAACCUGUUUCCUGUGCUGCAGCAGCAGCACUCUAUCGCACUCUCAGUCGCAGUCGCAGCCGCAGUCACACUCGCAGAGAGCAGGCAGCAGUGAUUGUGAGCCCAACAACAGCAGAGAGAGCAGUUGCGGAGAGAACAGCUGCGGAGAGAGCAGCUGGGGAGAGAGCAGCUGCUGCCGUGGCCGGUGGUUGUUCAAUUGAGCUUCGUUCGGCUGCGAUCAGUCUCUCAAGUUCGUUCGGCGCGUGUACAACGGACGCGCGUAUAAAGAGCAGUUAUUACAAUAACAACAAUUGCAACAACAACAACACAUUGUCGUCUUGGUUAACGCGGGGGCGCCACAACUACAAUUCGUGUCGCAGCAGCAACAGCAGCAGCGACGUGCUGCGGCCCAACAAAUGUUUGGCAGAACUCGAACGUUUGUAUGCCGAAUUUCGCGCGAGUGAAAGUCUCUUCGAGCAUCGCCUCAGUCAGAGUAACGACAACGAUACCGAUAACGAUAACGAUAACGAUACCGAUAGCGAUAUCGACAUCGAUAUCGAUAUCGAUAGGGAAACGGAAAAGAUGCGUUUGAAUGUGGUGGCAGAGACGCCGCCACCGCAGACAUUGCUAACUGCAACGGCAGCAACACAAACAGUUGGCAGCAGCAAUAGCAACAACAACGGCAGCAGCAGCAACAACAACAACAGCAGCGUCUUUCUCAGCAAUGCUGGCAGCAACAAGGCCAAAAGCAUCAGCAACAUUGCAAUUUUGCAGCCAGCAACAAAGUCCUGUCAGCGACAGCCAAGUCUAACGAUUCAAGUGAACAACAAUAACAGCAACAGUAACAACAACAGCAGCAGCAACAAUAACGGUACUAACAACGGUAAUCAGGUUUGUGUUGCGUCGCCCACAAGCACAACGACAACAGCAACAGUUACAACAACAACAACAACAGCGUCAACAACAGCUCAAGAGUCGAGCAUCGUCAACAACAACAACGGUGUUUGCGUUGUGAAUUGCAACUACAACAGCAGCAGCAACAACAACAACAGCAGCAGCAACACCCCCAACAGUAACAAACGAAAUAACAGCAACAACAACAACAGCAGCAUUGUUGCAAUUAAUAAUUGUGUGCCCGGAGCCAAAGUGUUUAGUGCAAGUGUACAAAAUAAGCUAAAUAAUAAUAAUAAUAAUAAUAGCAAUAAUACUAAUAAUAAUAAUAAUAAUACGAAUGUGGAUGUGCAACAUGCUGCUGCUGUCAGUGCCAGUGUAAGCAACAGUAAUAAUAUAAAUAAUAUUAUUAGCUAUAAUCAUAAUAAUAAUAAUAAUAAUAAUAAUAAUAAUAGCACUUUCACCUCAACCGAAUGCCAAACCGAUGAUCUAAGCAACACCGACACCAACAACAGCAACUCCUCCCAGCAACAACAACAGCAACAACAACAACAGCAGCAGCAGCAGCAGCAACAACAACAGCAGCAGCAACAGUUGCGCACACGCGAGCAGCGUCGACGGGAACGUCGAGAACGUCGCCAGCAGCAGCAACAACAGUUGCAGUUGCAGCAGCAAUUGCCCCCACACCAUCCGCGACGACUGCACGUGGAACGGCACUCACCGCCGUUGCAUCCGCCGCCCCACUUACAUCAUCCCCAUCCGCAUCCUCAUUCGCAUCCGCAUCCGGCUGCUUUGGGCCUGCCACGUGCUCUCCUACCGGAUAUUCUGCACAGCCAUUAUCCGCCGCCGUACAGCGCACUGUCUGCCGGUGUUGCACCGCCACCUUUGCCACCACCACCAGCACAAGCACCGCCGCAAGCAGCGGUCCAAACGCUGCCGCUGCCGUUGCCACUGUCGCUGCCACCACCACCGCCGCCUCCGCUUGCGUCUGUGAUAUCGACGGUGCCACUGCCGGGUGCCGCACCACUGAUGAGCGAUGGACGCUUCACGUUGCCGUUGCCCAUAAUGCGCAGAUCGCCGUCGGAACGGUCCGGAAAGGGCUGCUGUGGCCAGUGGUUUGCUGGACCACCGCUGCGUGCUCUCAUUGCUGUUGUUGCCCUCGGAGGCGUCGCCUGCGCCCUUGGUGGUGCAGCACUGGGUGCCACCGGACUGGCGGGUCCGCCAAAUUCACAUCUAACUGCUGCGCUACUAAUGAUUGGAGUUGGCGUCGUGCUGGUUACCGUUAGCGGCGCUGCUUGGCGGAUGACAGCGCCCGGUGGCCAAAGCUGCCUUGGACUGGGCACCACCGUCGAUUUGGCCCGCUGCGGACGUCGCCCCUGCGCUCGUGGCGGCGGUGCACCACACGGACUGCUCUAUCCGGAGUUCCAACAUCGUCCGCCACCGCCCUCCUACCAGGCCAGCAUGCAGGAGUAUCGUCUGAGACUUUUGCUGUUGGACCGCGAUCGACAGAAUGGAGUGGUGCGUGGCAAUUCGCCACCACCCACAUAUCGAUCUCAUGCUGGCAGCCUGCUGAGGGCACCCCUGACCACAUUGCGGUCGGGUAUUGGUGGUGGUGGUGGUGGCACCAUCAGCAGCAGCAUGGGCGGCUCCGAAUACAGUCUGCCACCCAGUUACCGUUCCCGCAAUGCGACGACGGCCUCACUGACGCUAAACAGCGAGCGAACGAUUGAGACGGCGCCAUCGGGUCGCCUGCUGGCCAAUGAGGAUCUGCCGGAGCCAUCGCCGGAGCAAUUGCCCGACUACAGUGCGCUGCAGUCCAACACAUUGCUCACAUCGGCCAUUGUGGAAAUCGAGUCAAGGAAUCGCGGCCAGAACCAGAGCCAGAGCCAGGCCCAAAGCCCAGCGUCGACGGCGACAACAAAGAGUACAGCAAAGGCCAAAGACCUGGUGACCAUUGUGACCAUAUCGCAGGCCAACAGCAGCAACUCGGGUGGAAGGGCGCAGGCACAGGCACAGGUGCCAUCUCAAUCUCAAUCGGUUGGACAGGCCAGUGCACUCGACCAGAUCGAUAUAUUGGCGCAUUUGUAGCCCUCACCCAAACCUUAACUCCCAGAAACCUAAUGUCCAACAGCGAAUAAGUGAAGCUUAACUCAAGCGGAAAACAAUGCGAACAUUUUGAAA